AUGUCUGCCACAGGGGGUGGAAACCCGGCUGCAGGGGAUGGAAACCCGGGCCCAGGUGGCCAGGAGAGCCCCAUGGGCGUGGCGGGAACAUGGGUCGUCAGUGACUCGGGGCCUCACGGGGGCGAUGGCGAUGUGAUAGGGGCGGCUGGAGUCGCAGGGGCCGCUGGGGGCCUGGGGCAGGAAGAGGGUGGGCAGGCGGCCGACCAGGCCAUGGCCAGAGCCCUGGAGAGCGGGAGCAGCGAGGAAGACUCCGACAUCGGGCCUGCAGAUGAGGGGGAGGAGAACAUGUCGGGGCACCGAAACCUGGUGAUGGAUGCCCGCCAGUUCCCCAUGGUGGGCUUCCGCUUCAUAUUCCUGGAUUUGGUGCACUCACUGCUGUACCGCAUCUACUACAACCACCACAUCCUCGUGCGGCCCCGUGGCGGUCGCGUGGGGAUGCAUGUUGGGCCUCGGAUGGCCCAAGGCGCGGCUCAGUUGCCCGCGCUCCCCUCGUGGGAGGGCCCGGGAGAGAAUGCCGUGGCCCAGGAGCGUGAGGGCCCAGGAGAGGGGGCCACGGCCCAAGAGCCCGAGGACCAGCCCGAGGCUGAGGCCGAGGCCAAGGAGGAGCCUGCGCAGGAAGCCGCAGCCUGGGAAGAAACAACUAAAUACCAGCAUGAAAACUCUGAGGAAGAGGCCCAAGAUGCUGAAAGUAAGGAAGGAAAAACGGAGUUUAACAAAAAACAAGAAGGACCCGAAAAGGAUGUGGACCCAGCAGAGAAUGGGCCUGGAAAUCUCAGCUGGAAGGAAUAG